GGAGCCCCUGGCACAGCUGUCUCCCUCCUUCCAAGGGCCAGGAGGAGAAAGGGAUGGGGGACAGUCGUGCCUGGAGGUGCCGGGCAAGAGGGCUGCAGGGCAGGGAGAACAUCUCCGUGGGUGGGUUCAUAGCAAGGAACUUCUAGACAAGGCUUUCUUUAGGUGGUAAAAAGCAGCAGGAAAGGUCAGAGCUAAAUAGCGGCUGAGAAGGGUAGUUGGGGGUUUUAGAAGCUGCAUAUCAGCCAUCACAUCUCUGCGAGAGGGGAGAGGACGUCCUUGGGCGUGCUGGAGAGGAGCACGGGGAAGGAGUUGAUAGCUCUUGGAACAGACCGGAGUUUCUAUCCUCUCCCGAUUUAAUGCAUAUUAAAUUUGAGCAACUGCCAAAUGUGUAUCAUGUUGGUGAUUUCUGCCUUCAUUUUGGGCCUGAAAAGGGUUUGUGUGCCAAGCACUUAAUGUGAUAUUUUCCAGCUGUGUACCACGUGCUCUAAAGCUGAGUCUUGUCUGUGUCCUUAAGCUUGUAGCUGCUGCAGAACAGUGCCAUUAAUCUUCCCAUCCUUUCUGGCAGGAAUAUCAUGUACUGCCAAACAGAGCUGUUUAAGGAAAGGGGGGAAGUUUUCUUCUGUCAGAAGUUUGUAGCAAAUUUUUGUAUUUUCUUUCCAAGAAACUAUUUGUGCAGCAAGACAAGAAACUACCUGGCAAGAUGACUCCUAGAUUAUGCCUACACCCACGAACAUGUAUCUGAAUGCAAAGAAAUGUAGUUAACCUAAUUAGAAGCUGCUGUACACAAGGAUACAGCUCAUAGGGAGGCCAAGAAGUUUUAAUACCAAGAGGACUUUAUAAAGAAUAUAUAUUGGCAAGGCUGGGGGCAGGGGGGAAAGCCUUCAGAUGAGAAUUCAUGGAGAUCAUAAAACUAGUGCAAAUAUGAUUUUUUUUUCUUUUUUCAAUAAUAAGAUAUUGCUAAGAAGAAAAGUUGUAAGAUGAUUAAUUGGAGGCAAAUAUAAUUAAAUCUCUGGCCCAAUUAAAUGUAUGAAAGAAGCAGUUGUUCUUAAUGCAGUUUGUAGAUGGAAAAACAAGCACCCCUAUGGAAGAUGUAGCAAAGCAUUGGGGGCUUCUUCCUGAUGCACCUAGUAUCAGGCCUAAGGGGUUUUUUUCCCCACAAUAAACAAUAACAAAAUAAGCUAUUAACCCUGUGGAGUACAAAUGCGAGUUUAAUUCUGUUUCUAGAUCUUUUGUUACUGCAAAUUUCCUUGGCUAAGCAUUAAUUCACCAUGCCCACGACUGGAGCGCCAGUUCCUGGACCAAAAGCCGACGGAAGGAGAGCGAGGGGUGCCUGGCAGGGAGGCUCGGUCGCCGAGGACGGGACAGAGAUCCCCAAGCUGAGGGGUACCUCAAGGUUGCUUGACCACAUCAGGCCUGUUUCUUCCUCCCUGGAGCACAGUUUUGUUCCAGAAGAGGUUUUCCGAAGCCUGACCUGUGCCAGUAAUUCCCUCUGCAGCCCGGAGCACUUACAAUCCCCACAAACCACCAAAACCCCAGUGGGCUUCAGGGGCUGCCUGCAAACCCCUGAUCGGCUUUGGCAUUAUCCUAAUCGUCGGAGCAAGUUCAGACACCUGACCGACCACCCUGUCAGUCUGACAGGCGCUGGAAGGGAUGUCUCUUACCUGUGUGACAUUGCGACUGGCCAAGAAGCUAAAAAAGCAAUGACUGGUGGAAGUUCUUUUUCCGAGGAUCAUCAGGACCAGAGAGAGAGCUGUUGUACAGCCCUACGUACCCCCCGAGCAAGCCUAGCAGAUAGUCUGGUUCCUAAGGAAUUUCACAUCUUGAAGAACCGGGGAGUUUUGCCCUUGAAGUACUUUGAUGAUAAAUACACAACACUUCUUGAAGACCGUGAAAAGAAACUACGGCUGUUCCCAUCCAUAAAACCUUCUGGGAGGCUAGAGGUCAUCCAGCUGAUGGAAGUGAUGGACAGCAUGUUGGAAAAGGCAGGAGUAGACAAGCUAAUCAGAGUAACAAGACCUUCACAGCUGCACAAAGCGCUGGAGCUGAUGAAGGCAGAGCAGAACAUCUACAACAUCAUUUUCCAUGAGCUGAUUCGGCAGGUCAGCGUGGACUGCGUGGAGAGAGGACAGCUGCUUUCGAAGCUCAGGCAGAGGUACGUGGGUCUCCUGGAGCGGAUUCCUGAACAGAUGAAGAGCCUCUACAAACAAAUGGUGGCACAGAGGUUGGCCAACAGACAUAUUACAGAAGAACUACUCUAUUUUAAAGAAUCUGUUGGACAGCUGGCCAGUGAGCUGUACGAGGUACGAGAACACGACCACAAGGUGACCAAAGAAGCUGAAAAAGCUCAAGAGGAGCUAGCUGCAGGCAUGCAGGAGGCUAAGGAAAAUGCCAACCUUUUGGAAGAGUAUCAGGAGUUAUAUGAGUUGCAGAGAAGACGACUGGAAGAGCAAGUUCUGCUGCUAGCCCAAGAGAGAGAUGUUUGGAGCUCAGCUGCAUAUGACCUGGCUCUGAAGAUAAUAGACAGAAACCAGCUGGCAUUGGUUCACAGGCUCCAUGUUAGUGAAAAGACACUGACCAACAUUCUCAAGCAUUUCCUAGUCCUCUUGGAAUCAAAGGACACGGGAGACCUGGCAGAUCUGCAGGAAGAGACUGAGCAGUUUAGGGAGAGGUUGGGCUGUGUUGGAGCGGAAAUACAGCGUUCCGAGGAGUCCAGCCAGGGAAAACUGCAAACUGUCUGCAGCAGCCUCCACAAGUGGCUUCAGUACUUCCACAGCAGCGACCCCUCAUCUCCAAUGAAUGAAAAGCUACUGGAUGAAACCCUACAAGAUAUCAAGAACUUGAUAAAUAUGCUAAAAGAAGACCUAGAGCAGUACAGCGGGGAGGUGCACCUAAGAAAGACAGAAAGUCUGAGGAGCGCUGCCAGCCUGCAGGAGCACUGGAUGGGGCUGGGAGAGACAGUGCUGAAUCGACACCGGGACGUUGCUGGAGCGUUGCCUCCACCGCACGCUGCCCUGGAAGAAAUCAAAGAAAGGGCGUGUGAACUCUACCAGCAAUACAAUACAAGGAUAAGUGGGAAUAACGGCACAGCUAGGUUUUUGACAGCCUUGGUGAGAAGUAUGGAAGAUUGGUUAUUCAAAGCGCAAAAGCUGAAGCGAGGUUCUGGCAUGCACGAAGCCGAGCUGCGGGCAUUUUAUCACAAGAUUCCUGCAUGGCUGGCCCAGGUGGAUGCAGUGAUGAGCUGUAUAGGCUCCAGCCAGUUGCAUGAAGAUAAGAGUGAUAAGAAACCACAUUAUCCGGUGGAACUUAGAGACUUUCUUAAGAUGAUUCGGCGAUGGGUUCUGUCCGUGAAUAACGAGGUUGAGAAGAACAUCAUGCAUCUUAAUGAAAAUGUGACUGAACUGCACAGAAAUCUCACCCUGUGGCUGGUAAAUUUGCUGAAACACAUUACAGCAGACCGCUUGUCCCGGGAGUGUCUCCAGCAGCAAGAGUCAGACACCAAGAUGGACGAGGAGCUCAGACUUCUGAGGGCUCGUAAGCUGCAUCACGAAGCUGAAGACCUGGUUGCAGAGAUGGGCAGACUCUCUGGUUCUAUAGUCAGCUCCUGCCGUGAGAUUGUCAACGCAAUUGUUAGAAAGAAACGGUCUGAGAUGGAUGCAGAAGCUGAUUUUGAGCUGGAGGAGCUGAAUAAGAUCAAGACUGAGUGCUGUGACUGGAUUCAAGCGUGUAGUCUUCUCCUUUCAGAGGUCAAAGGGACUCCAGUCUCCUUUCUGGAUUUAGAAGAACUGAGAAACCUCUUUGGAUCAGAGGAAUUGAAGUUGAAGCUUAAGGACACUACCAUUUCUUCAGCUCAUGAAGAGCUUGAACGUGAAGAUGACAACGGCAGUAGGAAACAUGUAACAGAGGAAGAAAUAUUAGAAGUAAAGGAGGAAAUUGCUAUUAUGCAGCAGCAGCCAGGUGCUGGUAUGGAUUAUCUGAUUGAGGACAACGAAGAUACUGCAGACAUGAUCAGAUAUGUAGGACACGACUCCAAUGUCCACCUGAAGUCUCUGAAGUCAGACGUCGUGUCGGUUACAGGGAGGGAGAUGACUGCCACCAAGUCGUCGACUCCCUUUUCUCAGAAAGGGUUUGAAGCCCUGGCAAUGCUGGAACAUCUGCAAGUGCAGCUCCUAGAAACAGAGAUCCGUGCUCAGAAUGCAGAGGAGAGAUCUGAAGGUCUUGAAGAGAAGCUGGAAGAAGCUCUGCAGAGAAUCAAAGAGCUAGAGAGUGAGCUGGAGAAAGAGGAGAAAGUCACCCCAGAAGCAACAUACAAAGAAGGGCAAGAAAAAUAUUUCCAAGAAAGUGUCUCAGAAGACAGGGCCUGCUCAAGUCUCAAAGCGUCUACCUCUGGUCAGUCCAAGGGAUCCAGAUAAAAGCAAACAUUAAAGAACAACAAUGUCUGA